GCCCCUGCGGGGAGCCGCGUUCGGUGCCUGUCCCCGUCUGAGUCUCAGCUCCAAACUGUUGGCCAGUGCACAGAGGUUUCCAGCGUCUCAUGAGCUGCUCGGAGAGGAGACCCCCCGUCUGUGGCUGAGGAGGGCUAAGCACCGCGCUCAGGAAACGGGGGAGAAAAGGCAGAAAAGAAAAUGAUUUCCCGGGACACGGUCCUCGCAGGAUUCCUGUUUGCUCUGCUUUAUUCCUCCCUCGCUCAAGACGCGAGCCCCCCGUCGGAGGCCAGCGCAGAGGACAUUCCCGAGGGGGCCUCCACCUUGGCUUUUGUGUUCGAUGUGACCGGCUCCAUGUAUGAUGAUUUAGUUCAGGUUAUCGAAGGGGCUUCCAAAAUUUUGGAGACGUCUUUGAAAAGACCUAAAAGACCUCUUUACAACUUUGCUUUGGUGCCUUUCCAUGAUCCAGAAAUUGGCCCAGUGACAGUUACCACAGAUCCCAAGAAAUUUCAGUAUGAACUGAGGGAACUAUAUGUUCAGGGUGGUGGUGAUUGUCCGGAAAUGAGUAUUGGAGCUAUAAAAAUUGCCUUGGAAAUUUCUCUUCCUGGUUCUUUCAUCUAUGUUUUCACUGAUGCACGGUCCAAGGAUUAUCGGCUCACUCAUGAGGUUCUGCAGCUUAUCCAACAGAAACAGUCACAGGUGGUAUUUGUGCUCACUGGAGAUUGCGAUGAUCGAAGCCAUAUUGGAUACAAAGUCUAUGAAGAAAUUGCCUCCACAAGUUCUGGUCAAGUGUUCCACCUGGACAAAAAGCAGGUUAAUGAGGUGUUAAAAUGGGUAGAGGAAGCAGUGCAGGCCUCCAAAGUCCACCUCUUAUCUACAGAUCAUCUGGAACAGGCUGUGAACACAUGGAAAAUCCCUUUUGAUCCCAGCCUCAAAGAGGUGACUGUGUCCCUGAGUGGCCCUUCUCCAGUGAUUGAAAUUCGAAAUCCUUUAGGGAAGCUGAUCAAAAAGGGAUUUGGCCUGAAUGAGCUAUUGAAUAUCCAUAACUCUGCCAAGGUGGUGAAUGUGAAAGAGCCAGAGGCUGGAUUGUGGACAGUGAAG